GCAGUCAGUAUUCAUCUGGUAUCCACGCGGCGAGCAACCCUAUCCCGAUGGAAUUUCGCGGUGGAAACUUCGGUAUCGCGCCAGUUUAAACGGUGUCGCAGUUUAAAUUUAGAAAUUCAUCUCGACGAGGAAGAAACAUUUGGUGAUACUAGGAGGAAUAAUAGAAGUUCAAGGUGAAAGAAAAUUCAGUCGGUGGGUUGAGAGAACGCGCUUGCGUGAGGAUUCGUGUGUAUAUGUGUGUAAUGGUUGAGAAAGUUGUACGCGCACGAUGCAGCUGAUGACCUUCAACUCCCUGCUGAUGUUCGAUCUCGUGUUCCUGUUUUUCCUGUUCCUGGUCGGGGUCUCCUGCCUCGUGUAUUAUCUGCCCGCAACUCGAGCACAUGAUUUCGCGCCGUAUGAGAUCAUCACGGCGAGAACACCGCCGCGUUACGACUCGCCGAUCGACAAUGUUUAAGGAUGCAAACCGAUUUGAACGGAGGACCUGGUCUCGCUGUAGUAGCAGGAGACGUGCUUGCUCUGCGAGGAACAGGACUUGCCGCUGCCGAAACAUGGGCUCUUUUGUGUCAGGCAGCCCAGGCCCUCCAAGAUCUCUUUCUUUCAAACGGUGGUGUAGUGGGUGGUUCAAGAGCCGGGCCGGUGGUCACUCCUCACACAUUGGAAUUGACACCACGUGGUAGAGUUUUGCUGCAACUUGCGCCACCCGAAAGUGCACGGGCAUACCUGCCCCCGGAAUAUCGACCUGGUCGUGUAUACUCGGACACCGACUCGGAAAAGAUGUGGAUGUACUCGCUGGGAAGGGCAUUAUUGGACACGACCCCGAGAGUCGCGGCGCUGACAGGAACGGUUUCCGUUUCACCCUCGUCGGCACUCCAGUCCGUUUUAGCCGCCAUGACGGAACCUGAUCCACGGAGACGAGCUUCCUUGAUGAAUCUGCUCGACGUGAUCUCCGAGUACUGCCGCACCCGUUUACAGUCGAAGCCUUUCACUCACAUCGUGAUGGACAUGUACCGCGAGGUGGUCAAGUCCUCCCAGUACACAGCUCGAAAACGCAUGAUCACAUAUCAACACUUAAACCCUCCUCUUCGAAAUCAAUCCGAUCUCUCGGACCAGAAUCGUCGCCAGACCAAUUCUUAUUCCCACCACCAUCAUCCCCAACCACCACCCCAACAACCGGACUCCCUUCAAUCGAUCCACAAUCAGGCCAACAAAAAUCACAAUCAUCUUCAUCGUCAUCAUCAUCAUCAUCGCCAUCAUCAUAAUAAUCAAGAUCAACAGUAUCGAUCGAUGAAUCAUCAGUACAAUCACUCGAGCCAGCAUCGUUCUCCAGCCCGAUACCAGCCCCAUCAACACGCCCAACAAUUUCAAGAGGCGUCUCAACCAGCCGAAACACCCAAGGUACAUCACUACCAUCAUCAUCAUCCGGCCAAGGGUGCGCUGUUCAAGCUUCAGUCGCGAAACUCUCACUCACACCCGAAUCUGACGAGUCUGUGCGGCCAACAGUCGCAACAGAAUCGUAGGCAGGAAGUGGAGGAUCGAAGGACACAGCAGUUUCACUCGCAGAUGAACGUUCAGGCGAGCGGGCGUCCGGUCGCCGGGCCGGUGUUGCAGCAUCAACGAAGGCACCAUCACUCGAGAACGUAUUCACAGCCGAUUUACACGAGGUUGCAGCACACGAGGAGCAGUGGAAAUCUGCCAUCGACGAUCGUCGGUGAAAGUAAUCCAGGAGGGAACGUUUACAGCGACCCAAUUUACGCGUUACCCGUUAAACCUUUCCUCAGCUCUCAAGACGUCAGGGUGAACGGACUGUCAGUCAAGACACCUGUCGGCCAUCGUAACGAGGAUGUGUACACGACCACGGCUAUUGCAAGGCGACCGUCCAUAGCCGGCUAUUCUCAUCCGGAUAUAGCGACGUCGUCGUCGACAGAGCGGACACGAGAGGAGAUUUACGGAAGAUCUACGGCGCGAGAGAAGCCAGCGCUGCAGAGGCAACACUCGAACCCUCAGCUUCCUUCCAGCAGGGAUCAGGAUGAUUUUGACCGGGUUCCGGAGCAAAGCGUAACAAGUACCGAUCACAGGUGUCCGGCCGGUAGAGGGAAAGAGGAACAGGGAGUGCAACAACAAAAUCCAGUGUCUUCCAUGAGAGUGAGAAGUGUUCAAGGACCACCAAAGCCGCCUCGAAUAAUCACCACGCUGAAGAAGCUGCCAUUCUCCGAUGUGGAAAGCAACAAAUCGGAACCACCGGCGAAACCGCCUAGAAAUCUGAUAAAGAAUGGACCCAGAGCACGACGUGGUAAAGCUGUUCAAAGAGCACCGUCUCGCUUAUACAGAACAAUAGGUGGACCUACAAGAUCAUUUAACAAAGCUCAAUGUGUCGGUCCUGAAUUUGUAGUACGUGCCAAUCAGCCACCAAAGACAUUAUGCGUUGGUCAAGUUAAGACUGGCAAUUCCGGACGUAUUGUCGUAAUAAUGCUGACAGGUCAACGAGUGGAAGUUACUUGUGAUCCUCAAAAAGUGACUGCUGGUGAUUUGUUUCAGGCUAUCAUGCAAGCUGAAAGUCUCGACGAAAACUUUACUCUUGGACUGGCGGUGUUAUUGGCUGGUGAUUUCGCGAUUUUACCUCCCGAUACUAAAUUGAACAAAGUCGCUCCCCCAGGAUGGUUGAGCAGUGGCAAGAGCAAAGGACUUCUGGGUCUUCCGACCAGUUUUAUGCUAUAUCUGAGGCUUAGGUUCUUUUUACCUUCUCUACGUGGUGUAAGGAGUUGGAUAUCGAAACAUUUAUUAUAUUUGCAAAUACGACGGUGUAUAUUGGAGCAACAGCUGGUCUGCCCGUAUUCCGAGUUAAUUAAUCUGACUGGACUCGCUCUUCAAGCUGAAUUUGGAAAUUACAACGUGAACGAACACGGUUGCGGCGAUUAUUUCCUGUUAGAGCACUACAUCCCGGAAUCGUUGAUCCUGAACGUAGAUCAGUAUCAAUCUCAGAUAAACAACGAAGGACCGGAAGCGCUUCGUGCCCGCCUCCAUCAAGCCCACCGCGACAGGCGCGGCCUGGAUUCGAACAAGGCCGAGGAGAUGUUCAUAACUCACGCGCAAACGCUUCCGGAUUACGGAUCGCAUUAUUACAUAGCGACAGUGGACUCGAAAGAGUUGGAGAAGGUGAUGGCGCAACAGAAGAGGAGGAAGGCGGCGGAUAAUCGCGACAAUUGCGAGGGAUUGAUCGAUUCCAGCGAGAAUAUCUACGGCCAAGAUACGGCCAGGUCUCAAGAGUAUCAGCUCCGUGGUCGAGUCGAGCUAUCUCGAUUAGGAUCCUGCGAGAAUAUCCCCAAAUUGUCGUACGACGAGAGGAAACCGACCGGGUUGAUCAAGAGCGCAACCACGAACGACAUCUAUGGAGCUCACAAGUCCAAGUAUCGCGUCGACUCUUGCAACAAUAAUCACAACAUCAAUAACGUGAACAAUAACAACAGUAAUCAUGGAGGGAAGAACGGGAAAGGUGGGAAGAAGAAGAGCGAGAGCAAUGUUUGGUUGGCCAUCCACGCUCACGGUUUGAAACUGUUCGAGAGAGGCGGUGAGCCUAGGGAGAGGGUCGAGUUGGCGCAGUUUCAAUGGAAAGACAUUCAGACGUUGAGUUACAGUAAAAGCUGCCUGGUCGUUUACAGCAAGGUGAACGGGAAACGGUGCAAGUUCAAGCUCAGAAUGGAUCAUAGAAAAAGUUACUUCGCUUUCAAGCUCACUUCUCUGCACCAUCAGUUCUUCUUAAGGCUGCGCUCCGAGCUCACGUCGUUACAGGGACUCGCGAAAGAAUUCGGUGUCCCCAUGACGGUGGAAGCAAAGUCCUCGCCGUCGAAAUCGAAGUCUUACGACAGUAAAACGAAGAUAGCUAUAGCGAACACGGUGAAGAACACGCAACCAAGGCCUAAUUAUUCGACGCAACUGGAAGAAUAUCAGAACAAGGAGAACGAGAAUCCCCAAAAGGACGCGGUGAUCUCAGUUCCAAAAGCGAAGGAUGUUAUCCGCGAGCCGGGUUUCUACUCCUCUGAGGAGGACGCGCUUUACGCCCAGGUGAACGUUCGAUUGGAGCCGGAAGGGGAGUCUCGCGACACGGAAGACGAAUCGGAGAGAAGUUUAACGAGUCCCAACGAGCCCCUCUCUAUCGACGGGAAGGGAUUGAAAAACGACGGGAAGAUCUACAAUUGUCCCGGGAUAGAACUGGAAACCGAGACCGAGUGCGGUUACUCGCUCCCUAAGAUCGUCUCGUCGGACGACGUGGAUCAGUUGGAGAAGCCGGACAACAAUCCCGAAGAGUUGUAUGCGGCGAUCAACAAAGUUGGAAUCUCGAGAAAAAGUGAAUUUCCUGUCCCGGACGAGGUGUGGGACGUGUCCGAUGUGAAGAAAUCGUUGCACAAGAUGAAGACCUCGAGUUUACCGAAUUACGGAACAUCGAGGCAAUCGGGUGGUUACCGAACACCGAGUUUACCACGUCGUUUAGGGGUGAAAAUGGGAACGCGGGCCAUCUACAGCAGCCUCGUGCAGAAGGACACCGCUCUUACCGACGACAUCGAGUCGCUAUCGUUAAAAUCAGACACCGAAUCCUCGAUUCAAUCAUUAUCGGCGCGAUCCGCGGAAUCUCCCCUACCGGAAGCAUACGUGCUCAACGCCGAUAUCCGCACGGACGACGAGACAUUCCGCGUUCCUGAGGACGAGUCGAUGUCCGCAUCCUUGGCGGCUCGCCUCGAGGAAUUGUCGUUCGCCGAGGAGCGAAUCCUGCAGACGAUCAAGCUGGAGAGAGGCCACGGUGGCAGCAUAGGGUUGCAAGUGACGGAGGGUAACGACGGUGGCGUCUACGUGCAAGCGGUCUCCGUUGGAGGAUCGGCCGAUAUGGCCGGAAACGUGAACAAAGGCGAUCGUAUCGUGGCGAUAAAUGGACAGAAUUUAUUACAUUUGCGGUACGAGGACGCUCUGAAGAUGCUGCAGAGCUCGUCCGAUACGAUCGAGCUGGUCCUCUCCCAGCCAACUUCCCGGAAAAACGCGACCUCCAGGCAGAAUCACGAGCAACCCGCGGAAAAUAAUUAUUUGAAUGACAUCAGAUUCGACGUGUCCUCGGAAGCGGAUACAUCGAGCAUGACAAACAAAUGGCUCGUUCAAAGGACCACCGACGUCGCAUCGGUGCAAAACACCUCGAGCGCGUAUAGCAGUGCCGCAUCGAGUGCAAUGGGUAAUCACAAUGCAAACAGCCUAUACAUGGCCGAUCUCGUCGAUAAUGGUGCGCUUAAGUCUGCCAGUAUGCUGCUCAGUAUAGAGGACUUUGACGUCAGCAGGACAAGUCGUCAAGUUUUUAUUUAAUCAAGUUGAUAAUCAAGCGCGGAGUCUGCCAACGGCGCGCCGCCGAUCCCACCGAGACGGAAGAAGCGCAAAGUGAGGCCCCCGAUCGCUAAAUCAUCGGACGCGUCACCGUCGUCGAGCGUUGGGAAGAAGGAGAGGAAACGGCUGGCGCCUCCGCCGCCCCCACGAGCCGUACGAAGCAUCGACUCUCCAAAAUCCAAGGAAGGGAAGGAGGGAACGUUAAAUAGCCUGAGUUCCAUCGAGACCUGUGAAACUUCCCAACCGUCGUCCAUACAGUUCGAGGAAACCGAUUCAUCGGGGAUAUCCAACCGUGUUCUUCUCGAGGAGGCGGCGAGGCAAGGACGCGACGAAGAGGAGGGGAGAAACGAGAGAGCCGGUUCAGGCACGGGUUGUUUGCCGCAACAACAACAGCAACAACAAGCACCGUUCGUGUUCGAGGCAUUCUCGAGGAAGGAGGCCAACAAGUAUCCGCCGUUGCUGUUCACUUUGCACGACUUUCAGAACGUGAUGGCCGACACGUUGCAGGGGGAUCUUGAUAGGAAAGAUUAUUCGCCGAGAAACUCGCUCGAGUUUUCCACGUCCCUGGACGAUCCUCGUCGCGACACAUUCCGCGAUUCCUUCCACGAAUUCUUCGAGAAAUCGUUGGACGACGAGGAGAGCGAGCUCUCGUUCCGCGUCACCACCACCAAUCUUCCGUUCGAGAAAUGUUUGGACAGGUGGGCGGCCACCCUCGAGGAUCAGAUAAUCGAAAAUAUGGACAAGCCGACCAGUUUCAUCUUCGAGGAUUACAUGGACAGAAGCAACAAGGUGAACAUCCGCCGAUCGUCCGCCCCGAUGUGCUACGACGCGAAGGACGAGGACGCUUCGAAGGUGGUGGGAAAGUUGACCAAGGUGAGAUUCGUGAUCGAGUCGCCUAGCUGCCCGGAGCGGGGGUUGGAGAACGAGUUGGCGAGUAUCGAUUCCUCGGCGAGCGAGGAGGCGGAUGGCUGGAAUCGCGCUUCUUCCGUCCAAUUGACCGAGAUCGCGGACGAUGCGAACUGGACGGACGCGAGCCGGGUUCUCGAGCGAGGCGUCCAGGAGGACGAGUUCGGCGACGUGCCGUUUAGCUCCGUUCUGAGGAACAAUUCGGGCGAAUGGUCCCUCGAGGGCCAGGAUAAGAUUGGAUCGUUGGCGGACGAGGAGGAUCGUUUUGAUUCGGCGGGAUUCGAAUCGAGGAAUAAGAUUUUCUCCUGGCCUUCCGAGGAAAAGUUGAAGAUCACGGAGGUUGGGGAAGUAGAGGAAUUCGGAGGUGGAUGUUUGACGGACGAGAAGCACGGCUUUAACUCGGCGGGAUUCGAUCCGGGGAAUCGGGUUUUCUCGUGGCCCGAGGAGAAGUUGAAAAUCACGGAGGUUGAGGACGAGUUUGGAGACGGGUUUUUGGAGGGGAGGGAUGGUUUUAACGCGACGAAAUUCGAUUCGAGGAAUCGGGUUUGCUCGUGGCCCGAGGAAAAAUUGAAAAUCACGAAGCUCGGGGAAGAGGAGGGGGGGUUGGAUUUGGGGGUGAGAACGGAGCGCUGUUCCGAGGGCGAAGGUUCGAACGGGCCGGGUGAGAACGCUGAUUUGGCGGAUACCGCUUCAAACAACAAUGUGGAAGACAAUAAAGAAUAUUUAAUAAACGAGCAUAACUCGACGAAUAUUACACGAAUUAUUUCGAAAACUGCCGCUACUGGAACGGAAGUUAAUACCGAUUCGAAGAGCGAAUUAAUCAGAAACGAAAUAAACGGAAAUUUUCUCGAAGAGGGAUCGGCAGUUGACGAGAAAGAGGAUUCGUUUGCUGCUAAUGAAGAUAAAUCAUUGACAAUAAAUAAGACGAAAGUCUUGGAUCGAGCGACGAACGAGGUAGGGAAUAACGUUUUAAAGAAUAAUUUAUUACCGAAUAUAAGGAAGAGCGAGGCCAGCGAAGAGGCGUCGUCGUCGAUCGAGGAAGAUACGAAUGUUGACGGGUGCGUAAAAAUUAUCGACCCACCCGAUCGAUCAACGGGGGAAUACAAGAGAAAGAUUUUCGUGAACGAGUCUCUUCGAAGCAUGAUCAAUCAUUACUAUUUCACGUCGAACGACUUGGAGGAGGAAAGCGAGGAUUCCGACGAGGAGUCGAACGCUUGCGACAUCCCUUCGAACGACGGAAAUUCUCGGAAGGAAAGAGAGGCGACCGACAAGGAUGACCCAAUUAACGAAUUAUCUUCGGGGAAGAAAAGUGUCGGUGUUCCGGUCGAUAUUAGGCGAAACUUCUUCCUGGAGAAUAUGUUAUCCGAGGAUGCGGAUGAAUCGUGGACGAAUUGCAGGAUCGUCGCCGCGCGGCCAAAAUCACCCGCGAAGAAAAAGAGGGAGAACGUGGCGGAUCGGUUGAACGAGUCGAUAAAAAUGGAUUUGGAGAUCCAGAAAAUUUUGCAAGAGUCGAAGGAGGUGGGCGAAACAGGCUUAUCGACGACAACGGCACAACAAUCGACUAGGAAGGUGGUCGAAACGGGGAAGAAGAACCCCAGUGACGUCAAGUGCGACGUAUUGAACGAGUUGCUCUCCAAUUUUAACAGCAUAAGAUUGAAACCGGUGAGUCGCGUGGAGAAGAAGAGAGGCGCGGAUGAAAGUCGAUCGCUGGUGGAACGGACGAACGACGAGGAUAUAAAUUCGAAAUCGAGAAGUUCGGCGAAGCAGUGGCGUCACGCGGCCUGUCUGACCACGAGGAAAAUUCUCAACAACUGGAAGUGCGAUGGCGAGGCAGGGAAGAAACAAUCCGAGCAACCUGAAGACGAUGCCAACUUUCCAGCCGAAUCAUCGGAUAAGACAGAUCCUUGUUCCCGUCUCUCGCAGGAACGACAUCAACCCUGCCCGACCAAAACGAUUCUAAAGAACGAAGUGUCCCGAAAUGACGCGAGCUCGUCCGUAGAGACUGGCUUGGAACCGAUCAAAGCUGCAGAAAUUAGCAAAGUUUCGGAUGUUGGCGGCGAAGAAACGUGGGCAACGAGGGACGAAGAAAAAUUGGUUAGGAGGACGAG